GCCCUGACUACAGCAUAGCUAUAGUAGCACCUUUUCCUGCAUCUACUGCAUCCAUUUCCACACAUGCGCCUCUGCUCCAUACGUUGGAUGAGGUCUCUAUUACCCACAGCAACUGCUAUCGAUCUCUCACACUGAUCUUGCGCCGUACAAAGCCACCCUUCCACCGUCCACCGGGACUAACCAUUGUGCCUCUUGUCGGGGUCGAAUCGUCAAUAUGCGACAGACGCCCGAACCGUCCCUACAGAUCACCUACGCCUAUAUCCGAAGCUAAAGCCUCUUGAUACAUUACACACACCGCUACCAUGGAUUACCAUCUCCAUAUGGGUGCUGCUGCUGCACGGGUAGGCUCGGAAAGGGAGCUCCGGAAGCGCAUGCCACGUCUUCAAACAUCAACGACGAACAAUAAGAGCAACAGUUUUGCCGACCCGCUUACGCCCGCUAUAGCAACUGCAGCAGCGACAGAAUUCAACAUGCGAGCUCCUGUCGCAGCUGGUCAUCAACGUUUUGUCCUUACCGAUCAUGUCGCCUUCCGCUAUCUCGAAGAAGAUCCCUCCACCACCGUCCUUGCCCGCCGCCAGAAGCUUGAAGGCUACGAAGUUUACCUCGUCGAACAAUGGGCCUGCUCACGGAUACAUCCGACCUUCGUCAUAACAACCUAUACCGGCGACCCUAAAGACUCUGUCUACGCCAGCGUGCUCAGCGUUCCAACAGACGAGUCGUCAUGGUCUCCUCAAUUGCGGAUAUACUUCAAAGCUGUGACCGAUGUUCACGCUCGACCAAAAGAAACUCAUCUGGGGACCCUGAUGAUCACGAAUUUAAGUUCUUUUCCUUCCAGUUUAACCAUUAUACCUGUGCCCGAUGGUGAUAUGAAGAAGCAUCGUGAGCUAUUCUUUGUGAACGAGGAUCUCAAACGGCUUGGUUGCUCUGGACGUCUGGGUAUCAAGUUGGCCCCACCAAGCAGUGCCACCCAGGCAAAAUUCCAUCAGCUCUAUCGAACAAGCGAUAAAAUACCUCUGAACAGUGCCGUAAUCGAGCUCGUCAAGUUUUGCCAGGUAGCACUGGUUAUGUUUGGAAAACUCGAACCCGAGUAUGCUGAUGGACUUCUCUGCGAUGUCACGGAAAAGGCUGUCAGUGAUUGGUGGGUCGAGUUCGGUCAGGAGUACUUCACCGUCGAGCCGCACGAUGGCAUCCUCGGACCGACCACGGUGGCCGCACUCUUGGGGUUGUUCAUGGGAGCGAGGAAUCGAUUAAGCGCUUACAAUGCACCGGUUGCCAAAGAUGUGUUUGACAUCGAGAGUACAAAACGUGGCAUUGCGUAUUUCCAAAAGGCGAAUCGUUUGCCAAAGACACGCCGACUUGAUCGCCAGACUCUUGAGAAACUUCGCCGGGCAACUGCAAAAGCAGCUAGCAAAGAAGGAUGGGCAGUACCUCGAGCUUUCAAGUCAACGGUAGCUGAAUUGGGCGGCAAGGGAGGUGAAAUGGUUAUGGGCAUCGUAGGAGCAGGAGAGAAAGCUGGUAUUGCAGAUAUUGAGACAGUGGACAUCGACCGGUUCGUGGAUUUGGUGCAAGGCGAACGAGCCAAAUGGCUUUGGUACGGCAAACCAAGAAAGACCCACACCGGCGACAUGUUCAGUCGACUUCCUGGAGAGGAUGGCGCUCUUUCCCCGGAAGCCCCAACUAGUGCCACCGCCAGGCUCUUAAAGAGAGAGUCUACAUUAGAUGGCGGGCCAUUGUCGAAGCGAGACACAGCUGAGGACGAAUUCGGCAAAAACUCUCCAGUUCUAGGUGGGAAGCUAGAUGAGACAGAGAAAGAAGCAAAUUCUAAAAGCGCUGCUAUCAAGCGAGCCAAAGGGAAAAUCGAAUCAGGCAGUGGAUUCACGCGCAUCAAGGACGUCGUUGGUCGGCGGACGCAUCAAACGAAGUCCUCGAUGGACGUCAACGACCGGAUGCACCUCCAACAGCCCAAAUCCAAUCCUGGAUCCAUACACGAAUCAGACGGAUUGACCACCCCGUUCGGUGAAAGGCGAGACCAAAUUGGCUCGCCUCUGUCUGCUGUCUCAACGAACCGCCCGCUUGCUGAGACUGACACUAGCUUCACAAGAGUACUGACUGAAACGCCACGAGAAACUUCUACUACACUUUCUAUGGCGUUGGAUGGUACCACACAAGCACAGUCCUCUACGCAAGCUUCAGAAAAGGCAUCCGAACAGGGAGAUGCCGAUGCAAACCCUUUACUAGAUACUGGCUCCAUCACAGGAUCUGUAUUCGCCAAAAAGCUUCCAUUCACCCCCGCGUUUACGGAUGUUCCUCCAAUCCUUCGCCACACUCAAUCUUCCGAACACCUACCCACAUACCAUUCACUAAGUCGUGACGCAGCCUGGUGGCCCCGAAGUCUCUCAUUCAGCCUCGCCGAGGACAGCGUCCUCACAUGGGUAUCCCCAUCAUCCCUCGACAACGGCUCCGACUCCGAAGCCCCACCCCGCGAUCUCCUCCAGCAACUCCAACAGCAAGAAGCCACGUCCGAACUCUACAAACACCUCCGCCGGCGCCUAGCAAUCAUCUCCUCCCUCGACGCGAAAUGGACCGAAGAAAGCAUAACAAUCGUCCACGAGCUCGACGCCCAAGCCGACGCCGAUAUCGAGCAGCUCGAAGAGAUGUACUACCCCCGCCUCGACGAGUACCAAUCUCUCCGCGAAGAUGCCCACGAAAUCGUCUCGCGCGAGAGGCUGCAGCUCCAGGAAGCAGUGCGCGACUUAGAGACUAUGGGCGCGAAACUAGAAUACGAAAUACAUACCCUCAGGGGUAAGGUCGAUGACGUGGAAGACGGGGUCCAGGAGCUCGAACGGCAGAUCGACACUGUGGAGGAGAGGUGCGGCGAGUUGGAGGAUAUGGUGGGGAGUAAGGAGGGCAUGCUGCACUUCGUCUUCAGGAUCCUCACGGGGGUCGGGAGAGUUCCGUGGUGAGAUUCAUCAUCAUAAAGAAGAUGGACCUCAUACUCUGCGAUGUGUUUGAUCAAGGCGGGCGUUUUCAGGUCGUUUACUUAGAUACCUUUUCAGCAUUUCACAUCUACUCGAGCAUGUGAACAUUACAUGGAAGUUGCCAUAUGUAUUUUCUCGCUAUAGACGACAGGUGUAUGUAGUACUAGACAUGGAUGUGCUCUUCAAAAAUAAUAUAUAUUUCAUGUACAGUACGACUAGAGAAAAAGUCGUG